CCGGCUUUCCUUGUUUCUCUUGCCUUCAUUGAAAGGAAAGGGUGCAAAUCGCGGAGGCGCGGCUGAGGAGGCUUUCUGCAGGUCUAUGGCCGCUUCGGUCUCCUUCUACCCUCGUGGCCAGGAUAGGAACCGCGGCGGUGAUGAUCCCAACGCCGCGGCACCAGCACGUGGGCCCGGAAGGCCCCUUCAGCGCCGUAUAUGAGCCCGCCGAAGACACUUACUUGCUGCUCGACGCUCUGGAGCAGGAUGCGGAGGCUCUGAGAAGCGCCCGCAUUGAUAUAUGCCUUGAGGUAGGAUCUGGAUCAGGAGUAGUUUCAACUUUUUUGGCUUCAGUUGUUGGACCCAAAGCAUUUUACAUGUGUACUGAUAUCAAUCCUGAGGCAGGUCUGUGCACAGCAGAGACAGCUAGACACAAUAGUGUUCACAUUCAGCCAGUAAUUACUGACUUGGUAACAGGAUUGUUGCCACGAUUACAUGGCAAAGUGGAUUUACUGUUAUUUAACCCACCCUAUGUGGUAACCCCUUCUGAUGAGAUACAAAGUCAUGGAAUAGAGGCAGCCUGGGCUGGAGGUAAAAAUGGCAGAGAAGUUAUGGAUAGACUCUUUCCACUGGUGUCAGACUUAUUAUCAGCAAGAGGAUUAUUUUACCUAGUUACCAUUAAAGAAAAUAAUCCAGAUGAAAUUAUUAAAAUACUGCAGGAAUGUGGUUUAAAUGGCAAUAAAGUAAUUUCCAGACAAGCAGGAAGGGAAUAUCUUUCAGUACUGAAAUUCUACAAACCCUGAAGAUGGCCUCUGGAGGAAUCUUCAUAUAGUGGACUCUUUGUUUUAAAAUGUUGUAUUGGAUUAAAUUUAAAUUUAAUUAAAAUUAAAUUCUAAUUACUGCCAACAAGUGCACAUUAACAUAUUAGCUACUUAAUCAAUUCAAGAAUAUGUAUAUUUUCAUGUCUGUAAAACCAAAAUUUUAACAACAUUGAAGUGGAAAGUAAAAUAAAACAUUGCAUAAACAUCAUUACAGUCCUGUCAGUACAAGUAAUUAGGAGAGAGAUCCUGAGUAUUGUCUUAAGUUGCUUAUCUUGAGUUUCAGAGAUUCUGAAUGAUGGACUUGCCUUGGAAUUCAUUCUCUCUUGUUUCUGUCGCGUAUUCCGACUUCAGGGAAAUGCAAGGUACAUGUUUAGGUAAAUACAGUUGUUUCAAGUUUGAAAUAGCUGUUUAAAGUUGAAAUAGCUGUUUCAACCUUACUAGAAAUGUUUCAAGUUUAGAAUACUUAUUGAAUAAUCAGAAUACUUAAGAUAUGGUUGGAACAGUGGUUUCAAACUUGAAUGUUUAAAUUCAAAAUCUUUUGCACAUCACUAGUCCCUACUACAGUACUAAGAACUGCUACAGGCUGUACUAGGCGGCUCACAAAGUUGUUUGCCGCUACUUCAAAUCUAAAAGACAGCUUGAUGCAUUUGUGCCACAGAUCCAUUUGUGGGUAUCUGUACGUGUGUAUGUAUCCCUUUCAUUUGGAACCUUUGAUACCAAUUCUAAUAAUGAUCUCUAACUGAGCAAACUAUUACAGGAAAUUGCUCUUCGUGCUGCUAAAAACCUUUUGACCUCAACAGGACUUUCUUAUGAAUAGUUAUGUAAGACAGGAAUACACUACAUCUUGAGCCCAAGAU